AUGAUCCGCGCGACAGGGAUCGACGCCAUCUGGAAGGCUGAUCAGAGGGACGGGCGCACGCCCCUCGCCCCUACUCGUGUCCACGCCCCAAUGAGCAGGGACAAUUCGACACGCCCCGUGGCCCACCUCAUCUCUUACUACCUUACUACGUACUCGUCCACCCCUGCUCCAGUACGCCGUCUCCUGCCAUUCGCUGAGCAGCGCGAGCAGCCCGCGUGGGACUUCAUCUAA